GGGCCUUGGUUAUGGGUGAAAUGGGAAGGUACAAUCAGCACCGUGGACCGCACUUUGCCACCGUUCGAGCCAGGCGUGUCUCCAAUGUUUCGUGGUCGACUCGACUCCUCGUCGUCUGUCCAGAAGCUCAUGUCUUUGGCGGACGAUGAGCCGAGAGCUGUUUUUUUUGAAGGUCAGGACGGGGCUAUUGGGGGGUUGAUCAUAGUCCUCCCCUCGAGGCGAGACGCUUCUUGUGAUCUCGUCUGGUUGUACGUUUCCUUGUUGUGCGAUCCUGAGGCAUACCAUUCUCAAUUGUGCCCCCUCGGAGUCGGUCUUUCCUUAUUUCGACCGCAGCCGUCGCUACCUCGGUCGCUCCUUCCGAACCAUGUUGGUCGUUCCGGUUGAAAUGUCAUCUCUGCUCGAUCAGAAACUACUACCAAGUAGAUAUAGAGAGCAAGCAGGGCAAACAAUGCCUGGUACAACUGGGUUGGGAACCUUCUCCUUAACGACGACGACUCCUCUCAAUAGCCACUCCUAUUACGCCGCUGCCAUCACUCAAGACCCGUUUCCCAGUCUUCCCCGCCCCGGCACAGCGAGAUGGACCUGGAAUGAUUUCAGUGCCUCCUACCACAACAUGAAUACGCACUUCUUCCUCGUACCGGAGAGCUCAGGGGCAAACAAGGAGUUCUUCAACUCUUGUCCUUGAU